AUGGCUGCUGAUUUCGCCGACGAGGCAUUCGUUGAAGAGGAUGGGAACGAUUGUGACAUUAUAAUUGUAGGAGCAGGUUUAACUGGUCUCACAUGCGCAUACAAUAUUUUGAAGAAACAAAUUGGGUUAGAUGUACUAAUUCUCGAAGCAAACAGUGAAGUAGGAGGUCGUAUUUUAUCGAGAAACUUGAGCGAUACUUACCACGCAAAUUUUUUACAAAAACGCGUAACUAAUUUAUUGGAAACAUUACGUAUAAAUAUCGAACAAAGACGUAGUAAAUCCAACGAGAAUGUUUUAUACACAAAAGGAAAGCCUUUGCAAACUUUACCCAGAUUUUAUGCAGCUGAAGUUCACAGUUUUCUUCAAACGAUUGAAGAAAAUGCUACAAAUUCUAAAUUUAAUACCUACACUGGACACGAAGAUGCGAGGCAAAUUGCUGAAACAAGCGUUGAACACUUACUGCGUAAAAUCGUUUAUCUUCCCUAUGCACGUUCAUUAUGUCGAGCAUUUAUUUGCAGCACAUGCACUAUAAGAAAUCUGAACGAUGUUUCAGCACUUUGGUUUUUAGUUAUACUGAACGGUGCUUCGGGUCUCUACAAUCGAUUGAAGGUUAUGAUAGGUGACAGUAAUCGAUACUUUGUUCAAGGAGGUAUGAUUAAAAUUGUGCAAGAAUUAUUAAAAAAUAUUUUACGGCUACGGGGAGAAAUAAGGUACGCAGAUCCAGUUUAUAAGGUUACAGUCAACGACGAACGAGUUCAUGUUUUUACGCAAAAGAAACAUUUCAGGUAUUAUGUCUAA